CUUUCCCCUUCCUCCCCCCGUCCAGCCCUUGGGGAACUCUGCUAUCCCUCUCACGCUUCUUUCAACAGUUGUCUGCCUGACUUUCUCUGCAGCACCGCGGGACGGACCCAGGCAGGAGACAGUCGGUACGGCAGCGUUGCGGGUGAUCUAGCUGUCAGAUCAGCCAGCUGCUUCGCUAGCACUCUGCCUGUCGCCCUGAUCUGUCGGAGACGACCCUGCGCUCGAUGGCCUGCACCUGACUCAGCGCCUGAGCGUGGCUGUUUGCACCAGCAGCGGCAUCGGCAGUGGACGCAGGGUGAGUGUUGCCGGCCUGGUGCGUCGCUUGUGGGGUCGGCGGAUCUUUGUCUCCUGCUGCCGUGGCGUGGUGUGGCGGGUGUGCACCACAUGGCCGAGGUGAUGACGAGCAGGCCACAUGACGCAGCUGCCGCGCUCUCGCAGACAGGUAGGUACCGACACACGACGUGAGCAGCACACCAGGCAGUGAGGCACGCACUGAUGGCACUCACUGCAAGUGGGGAUGCCAGCUGGAGAUUGGGGUGUCUCUGCGCUGCGUGUUUGUCUCGCUCUCUCAGAUGCAUCGCUGAAGGAGUCUUCUCAGACGAUAGAGGUAAGUGGGUGGAAAGACGAAGAGAACACCGGGCCGACGUCGUCAUCUCAACCGUCUCUCUCUCUGUCCUUCCUGUCGGUAAUGUCGUCUCUUCUCUGACUGACCCGACUCCAGGGUGUGUUGGAGCAGCUCCAUGGCUUUAACAUCAACCCCUCCGAGCUGACCAAAGACGUAUAUAACCUCUUCCAGUCUCACACAUCGCAGGUCAGCCAGUCGGUCGGCCAGUGAGCCAGUGCGGUCAAAGGCCCGAACACCAACACCACCACAGGGAGGGACACGCCUGUGUGUCGUUGCUCGUCAGGUAUCCUCGAGCGGCACUCCAGUCCAGGAGAGUGCCAAGCCCGAUCAGAUGCCCAGCUUAUCGACCCCUCCCUCCGCCACACGGCCGCCCACGGCCGCAGCAACUUCACCCACACCCACACCCACAGGCGCCGAGCGCGGACCCACCGAGCCCCCAACAGACACCGAGCAACACCAGCAGCCGUCCGCCGUUGAGCAGAGGGGCGGCCGGCCGUCUCAGAGCUCCCCCGCCGGCAUGACGACCUCCCCCUGCACCCCGGAGAAGCCGGGCAGCAGCAGUGGCGACGGGAUGGACGCUGCCGUGGCGGCUGCUGAAGUGGGUGAGGAGGACUCGGGCGACUCAGACGGCAACCUCGCCGUGCCGCCGACAUCGAUGCGUGGCGGCAUGGGUGAGGGCGGUGCUGCGAGUGGUGGUGGUAUGGGUACGGGUAUGGGUAUGGCUGUGCCCGAUGCCCCACCGCCCGACACGCCCUCGGUCACUGUGUCGGUGGAGGGCAUCGGCUUCCAGUACCAACUCACAGAAGAGGAUUUGGGCAAGGUGAGCGGAGCGGGCGGGACAGCGAACACUUCGCCGGAGGCCGUGUGCACUACACGUGUGUUGGCGUGUUUGUGUCUUCAGGUGUUUUCACGGUAUGGCCGUGUGGCGUCAGUGCACGUCCCGCCCGACGGGACGUUUGCCGUUGUGACGUACGAGGACUUCGACGACGCCCGGAAGGCACUGAACGACCUCAACGGCAAGGUAAGUAAGGUGGGCGACCACUGAACCCACUGGCCUGACACUCACAUCACACUCUCUCCCGUAUGUGUGUGUGAGCAGUUGUUGACGGGGGUCCAGGGUUGUCUGCGUGUGGGCUGGUACCGCGGUCAGCAGCUCAACAUCACCCCCACGUCGAGCGCCUCGUCCCAGGCGCGGGCCACAGGCGGCCUCUCCACCAGCCCUAGCGCACACGCGGCCGCUCACACAGGCAGCUGGACCACUCCCGUGAGUCCACUGCACUGACUGAUGGGUGGAGAGGGCGUCGUAUUGGAUUGAUCUCUCUGUUGUGUGUGUGUGUGUGUGCAGGCGAACGUCGGUGUGAGUAUGGGCGAGCCGUCUCGGGGGUCGUUUUCGUCGUCGCCGGCGUUCGAGACGCAGCUGCCGGCCUCGUACAACACCAGCACACACAUGCUGCCGCAGUCACCUCCCAACAACAUGACUGUGCGCAGCCACACACACACACACACACACACACACAGAGAGAGAGAGAGAGAGAUGGUGCAGACGCCUCACCUCACUCACCUGCUGAUCGUUUUGUUGUGUGUGUUACCUCCCUCCCUCCCUCCGUCAGCCUGACGGCCGUCACAUCCGGAAGUAUACGUGCCGGUUCGACGUGGGCAUCGAGAACGAUCGCGAGUUCCAGGUGGCCAGGAGGAUCAUCGGCACCAAGGUCGGCAGGCCAACAGGACCGGACCGGACCGGACCGGCACACACAAGUAACUCUGUGUGGUGUGUGGUGUGUGUGAGUAGGGUGCGAACAUGAAGCGCAUCUUCAAGAUGUCUGAGGCCAAGUUGAGGCUGCGCGGGAAGGGGUCCGGCUUCCUCGAGGGAAACACCAAACAGGGUGAGUGGAGUGGAGUGGAGUGGAGCUGAGUGGGGACAGACAGUACACAUGAAACCAUCACAUGCCAGUCAGCCAAUGCAGCAACAAGUGUCUGUCCGUGUGUGUCCUAUAUCGUAUCAGAGUCUCCCGAGUCGCUGCACCUGUGUGUGUCGUGCCGCGACUACAUGGGUUAUCGCACUGCCGUCCAGAUGUCCACCGAGCUGCUCCUCAGCAUUUACGAAGACUACCGCAAGUUCUGCGAAGAGAAGGGCAUGCCGCCACCCAACCUACGGAUCCAACUCAGGGAACACCCACGUAUGUCACCAAUCCACCACUGUGGCCGGAUGUCGACUCGACUAACUGUCUGGUUCGUUUGUGUCCAUGAUGCGGUGCUGUGUGCAGUGAUCGCCAAGGCGCCGAGGAAUCCUCGCGACGACCACGGCCUGAUGCCGGGCGGUCAGGGCCCCGCCAACCGCGGCGGCCAGUGGGUAGGGCUCGGCCAGCAGUAUGUCGGCUACGGCGGCGUGCCGCCCCCUCCCAUCCAGCCCCCACCUCCGCCCUCUGCGGGGUUCUUCGGCCAGCCCAACGGCAUCAUGUCGCCCUCCACCUUCGGCAACUUUGGCGCACCACCGGGCGGCAUUCCCCCCCACCCGCACCACAGGCAGCAUGGCAACCUCACCCCUCUGGGCGGGAGGAAUGCGUGGGCGGCCGAGCCAUCCUAUGGCCACCAGCAGCCAGGACCAGGGCAGGGGCACAUGAUGCACCACUCCCAGCAGCAGCACCACCACCACACACAGCAGAGCAUGGCCAUGUUUGGGGGGCAUUACCUGACUACUGCUGGGGUUGGUGGUGCUAGUGGCAUGGGCGGCGACGGCUCGCCCACCGUGGGGGGAGGUGGCGGGGCGGGCGUCAUGCACCAGGGCACCUUCUUCCCACACGCCGUUGCUGGGCCUCACGCCUCCUCCGGCCGGUCGCCUGUCGGCACUGCGUCGACCUACACACACACACCGCAGAGCCAGCCCAGCCCCCUCAGUGUGCGCACCAUGCCCGGCUGGCAGCAGGCACAGCAGACCGCCGCGGCGUCGAGCGCCCGAGUCGACGCCUCACAUCCGGCGGCGAGCUCGUCCACCACCACGAUGGCUGGGCAGCCCAACCACACAGGCGACCCCAGCGGCAUGUCAUUCCCAGAGUGGGGGUACUUCGGCGCUUUCGACGGCAGUGUCGGCGCUUCGUCGGCCAGUGGUGGUGGUGCUGGUGCGCGGGCGGGCGGUGCUGCGGGUGGUGGCGAGUCGGGGGCUCCUCAUCAGGUCGGCGAGGGGGGAAGCAAUGCGGCUCCCUCGUGGACGCCGUGGGCGCCGAGGAGUCCACCGGGGGCGGCCGUCAGUAGCUAGGUGAUAUUAGCUGAUGACGGACGGAUACACUCAGACAGACACGGGACGGGCCAGGGGGGGUGGGCAGAAGUGGGUGGGGUGGAUGUGGAUAGCAGCCAGGGGGUGGGGUGGAUUGGGGUGGGUAUGGUGUGGUUUACCGUGCCGUGUCUUGCUGUGACGUGUCUUGCCGGGCUGUGUGUGUGUGUGUGUGCCGUGCUGUGGUGACCUUUUUCAGUUGCUGGGUGGCUGACUCACUGACUGACUCACUCAGAACACACGCGCACAUACAAGGAGCUGCCGCCUUGCCUUCUCUCUCUGUCCGGCCCGGCUCUGCCACAGUGGUGAGGGAGGGAUGAAGAGUGCUUGGUUGGGUGGCUGGGG